AUGGAUAAUUAUCAAGAAGAUUCGUCCAACGAAGAAAAGGACAUAAAGCCCUUUUUGCCGACACUCAACAGAGGCUCCAUGGAUUUAUCCAACAUUGUCAGCGGUCCCAAAAAGUGGCUACCAACAGGUUUACAAGACGGGAACCGCAAGAGCGCUUUCCUCCCAUACAAAGUGUAUAGUUGCAAUACAGUGUUGACAAAUCUCCAAAGGGGGAACACGCUCGCCGAAAACCCGCUACCGCAGUCCACGGAGGUGAAUUUCCACAUGAAAGCGGGCCAAGGCGAGCUAACGGAGGCCGACGUGUUGAAGGAACGCGACGUCAACGUCAAAGACGCCAAUAAUUUGACGCCUCUGCAUUGGGCCUGCUUCUACGGUCAGAUCAACUCGGUGCAAUUGCUGGUCGAGCACGGGGCUGACAUCAACGAGCUGGGACCGGAGGAAGAGACGCCUUUAAUUCUAGCAGCAGCGGGCGGACAUCACGAUAUCGUUAGAUUUCUAAUAGCCCACGGAGCGGAUGUUAAUCACACGGACCAUAUGUGUAAUUCGUCUCUAAUGUAUGCAGCGAAAGGAAACCAUCCUCAUACUUGUCAAGAAUUACUGUUAAACGGAGCGGAUUUUUCUGUAGUGAAUUUAAACGAUGAAAAUGCUCUUACGAUAGCAGUAGAUAACAAUAGUAUAUUAGCGCAAAUUGUUUUGGAAAAAUUUAUUAUCCUUCAAUUAGAAUCGGCUGGUAAUCCUUCGCAGAUUGUCGAUAACGAGUCGUCGCCUAUCGAAGAUGUUUGA